CCGUGCCCUGCGCCCGCCGCGGCGGCACGUGGCGCCGUUGACGCAUGGAGGGCGGCGGCGGCGGCGGCGGGGGGCGCGGCCCCGGGCCCGGGCCUGGGCCGGCCCUGGCGCUCCGCGGGGCGCUCAUGGUCGCCGGCGGCGGCGGGCGGCUCCUGGCGGCGCGGUACAAGGAGCCCGGUGAUGAUGGUCUCUUCGUGUACGAUUGCAGCAAUGUAGAGAAGACAACCUUAGGAAAUAAAGGGCAGGAUGGAAAACUUACAGGUAAAGGAAGUGAUGACAUCCUGGCUUUUGCCUUCUCCCCAUCAGGAGAUUAUUUUGCCUUGACAGAUGACAGCAAACGUCUGAUUCUGUUCCAUACGAAGCCUUCCUGGGAAUGUGUUAGCAUCAGGUCUGUGAACAGGAGAUGCACUUCCCUGGUUAUUACAGCUGCAGAAGAUAAGAUUCUGGUUGCAGACAAGUCUGGUGAUGUCUAUUCUUACUCAAUAACUGAACCCCAAGCAGAUGGAAAACUUGAGCUAGGUCACUUGUCUCUGCUGUUGGAUGUUGCACUGAGUCCUGAUGACCGGUAUAUCCUAACUGCAGACAGAGAUGAGAAGAUCAGAGUCAGCUUGGCAAAGGCUCCUUAUAAUAUUGUAUCUUACUGUUUGGGACACACAGAGUUUGUGAACAAAAUACUUGUAAUACCCAACUGUCCUGACCUACUGUUAUCAGCUUCUGGGGACUUGACUUUGAGGCUUUGGGAGUACAAAAGUGGAGAAGAAGUGUACUGCUGUCAUCUAAGUAGCAUCUGUGGGCCUGAGACAACCAAACCCGACCAGAAAUACCCUGUGUCAAGAAUAACCUACUGCUGUCAAGGUGGUUAUGUUGCCAUUCUAUGUGACUGUAUUCCCACAGUCUACAUCUUUCAGCUUGAUGCCAUUGCCCAACAGCUAGUUUACAGACAGCAAAUCUCUUUGAAACAUAAAGGUUGGGACAUUGCAUUUGAGGAAACAGGAGAUCUCUGGAUUUUGCAGGAAGACAAUGAAGCUCCUCUUCAGUUGUACAGACCAUGUGAUGAUCAGUGGAAGGCUGUAACUGAUGACAAAGGACUACAGAAGAUGUCAAAAUAUCUUCAAGACAACUGGACAGUGUUUGAAGGUUUUGUUGGUGCAGAGAGCCACUACAGCAGUCUCUACAAGGCUUCAUUUGAUAACAUGGCUGCCUACUUACAGAGGAAGGAGGAAAGGUUACAGCAGCAGAAAAAGAAAAGGCAGGAUCUGCAACGCGGCUCGAAUGGACAAACAAAAAAGAUGAAGACUGAAGAAUCAUCACUAUGACAUUUGCUAGCUUGUAACUUUUGCCUUGCUGAAAAGAACUGAUCCAACUGUGGACUGGUUUUAAGUGCAAAAUGGAUUAUGGAAAAAGGCUGGUUUAAACGUCUAUUCAGAUUCAGGUUUUCAAGUAGCCUGACAUGACAAUAUCCUGCUUGCAGCAGAUAAUGCAUUUACAAUAUGUCUAAGCUUCUAGCUGCAUACAAGUAUUAGCGGUUCAGUCCUAGGAAUCUCUAAUGCAUGAUAUAUGAAAAUUGGAGAUGGUGUUUUCCUGGAGACGGAAUUUCCUUUUUGCCUACCAUGUUCAGGCUUUGUUCUUCAGGUGGAAGUGCACUGAUUAAAGUUGAUGUGUUGGGUUUUUUUCUUUUGUUUUUGUUUUAAAGGUCUGUUAGUUAAUAUAACUAGCUUAGUGUUCUGGCUAUGGGAGAGGGAAUGUAGCAAAAUCCUUGCUGUAUAUAAAACAUUUUAGCUGAGAUUUCGCCAUCCUUGUUUUAACCCUUUACCUUCAGUUCAUAUGGUAGGAAUUGUGCCUAGCUUUCAAUCCAUUGCUUCUUGCUUUGGCAUAUUUCUGUAAGAGGAAACGCAAAAAUAGAUUUUAUACAUUGGAAAGUAAAAGUAAAAUGUGUCAGUCAA